AUGUUAAAUUCAAGUUAUAAAGUUUUCGUGAUAACAUUAAUUGGAAUAAUUCUUGGACAUCAUCAAUCGGCCGCACAAAUCGGAGGAUUUCCAGGCCCACAGCUUUUCCAGGGAAUUCAAGGUAUACAGGACACACAGGGAACGUUAGCGUUGAAUGGACGAAGAUUUGGUGGGAAUCAAUUUGAUGGACUACAGCUAGGUGGUCAGCGAGGUCAGUUAGGCGCCCUUGGUACUAAUGGUAUAGGUAUCGAUCGAUUUGGCACAGGAGGCAGUCGAUUUACGGACGGAGAUUUUGGUGGCCGUUUUGGAACUGGUCUGACUGCAGGUACCACUGGAAGAACCCGCUUUCCUGGCGAUACAUUUCAAGGUGGUCGAGGUACAGCUAAUGCUGUUGGAGGUACAAGAUUUGGUGGAAAUGGUCUCCGCCUAUCCGGUAAUGGCAUUGGAAUAAAUGGAGUAGACGGCGUUAGAGCAGCCACGGCAAGGGCCAGACUUGGUGUUGGCAGGUUAGGACAAACACUAGGAGGUACCCGUUUGGGAACAGCGGGUACUGGCAUUGGAAUAAAUGGUCUUGGGACAACAGGUCUGGGAACAAGAUUUACAGGAGCUACCACCGCACUACAAGGAGGUAUAUUGGAUAAUGGCAUGAGAGGAGACAAUGCUUUGUCAUCACGACGCAGAUCGCUUACCAAUCGUCUAGGAUCUAACCUAGGUGGUGGUGCUCAGCGAACCAGUCUUCUUGGGGGACUUGGUCAAGAUGUUAAUAAUAUGUUUGUUGAUCCGGUAACAUUCCAGCGUGUAAGAGUAUUAAACACUAAUGAUGCUAGCAAUAUAAUCGCUAGAAGAACUAAUAAUGAGCCUGCUUCACGCCGCAGGGCGACCAACAGACUUAACCUUGGUAGGACGCUGGGCAGAACGAAUGAACCUAGUCGUAAUCUCCGUGCUGGAGCUCCAGUCCGCAGAAUACCUACCACCAAUCCACUUCGUAGGAGAAUAGGUACUAAUGUGGCGACCUCACCUGUAGGAGCAACAAGGGGUAGAACAGAUCCUGAUGAGGAACAGAACCUUACACCUGACCAAAGACUGGCCAGAAGACGCUUAGAAGCGUUAAACAACAUAUUUCAGCCAGUCCCAGCUCCCCUGAACUCACUAUUUGCGAAUGCUGGGAACAUGUCACAGAUCAACGUGGCGUUCGGUCUACCAGCUUACCCGACUAGUAGUACGACAAGUACAACUAGUACUACGACCACCACCACGCCUAGUCCGAUCGCUGGCAACUGGAGGGAGUUCCUAAACAGUCGUCAACAGCCGGUCAGAACUUUUAAUGGAAAUCUUGGCAGAUCAUUGACACCGUUCGGUUCCCGGUUUAGGGGUUCGCAACCAGGCACAUUUGGGAAUACUGGUAUAGGUCAAAAUGUGAUGAGUACUACGGCAGCAAGGAACAUCAUGCAGAACGUGUUAGGUAGAAAUGGAGCACAACAGUCAAUGACAGGGCUACCAACAUCUGUCCCAGCUGGAGAUCUGAACUCCAUAAUAGCCAGUACUGCCCAGCGGUUUACCGCCCCAAAUGGAAACAUCAACUCUAAUCAGCAUGGCACCAAUCAACUUUCCACUCCAUUUCGUACGAGCGUUAAUCAACAGAUUAUCAACAGCCAGUUACCUCAAACUCGACUCCAAACUGAAGUGAAUCAGUUGACCAGCAAUGACCAAAUGCCCGUCACACAGAUCCCUGCAGAAUGGUUCCGACCAGGAACUACAAACUUUCAAAUUCAGGAUCCGCCUUCGUCUGUUUCUGACAGAACUGAGGUUAUGAAUAACUUCAUGAAUCAAUUUAACAAUCAGCAACAAAUUCCACAAGAUAGUAGCAAUACAGCGGUGACUUUUCCAUUGAUAAAUAGAAUUGUACAACAGGGCAUCAAUUCACAAAUGAGAGGUGACAAUGUAAAUCUUCCUUCUUUUCAAUCAACUAACGAACCCUCUCCACAAUUCAGUACUUCAUUGCAAGUCAUUCCACCAUCACAAACCUUUGAAGGAACGUCAGCACCUGUGGACAUUUCACAGCUACCGAACGUAGAACAAAUAUUUCCUGCUGGACAACAAAGAAGAAAUUUCGUCAGUAUUACAAGUAACAUUCCGUUCAGUAGCAGCAUUUCCCAAGCUCAUCCAAAUGGUGGCAUGGUGACAAUUCUACCAAACAUACAGCAGACUGUUGAUACUGGAGGUAACAUUCCCUUCAUUUCACAGUCUAAUACACCGGAAACUUUUAUACAGGAUUCAGGAUUUCCUGUGUCAGAAGGAACUGUCACUGUUCACAAUAUUCCGGAUACCGUGUGGAUCCCUGGUAAUAGUAAUACUGCCACAGACGGAUUUUCACUGAACCAAGUGGAUCUUUCACAGUUUACGACCAACUUAGAAAAUUUAGGAGGAGGAACAGGACUUGACGCUCAGACAGCAGUAUUUCUACCGGCUGCAACUCUUCAAUCAUCAGCUGCCUCACUAGCAGCACAAGAAGCUGCCAGAGCUGCGGCUGCACAACAACGAAUAGCUAUCCUGAAUGCUCGCCGAAACCAAGCAGCUAUCAAUAUUGCUACAGCUGAAUCACAGGCAGCAAGAAAUGCUGCUGUUGCAUCCCAAACAGCAAGAGAUGUGGCUAUAUCUCAAGCAGCAAGAGAUGCAGCCGUAUCACAGGCCGCCAGAAAUGCUGCUGCAUCGCAAGCAGCUAGAGAUGUUGCUAUAUCCCAGGCAGCCCGAAAUGCUGCAGCAUCACAGGCCGCUAGGAAUGCUGCUGUUGCUUCUCAAGCAGCAAGAGAUGUUGCUAUAUCCCAGGCCGCCCGAAAUGCUGCAGCAUCACAGGCCGCUAGGAAUGCUGCUGUUGCGUCUCAAGCAGCAAGAGAUGUUGCUAUAUCCCAGGCCGCCCGAAAUGCUGCUGUUGCUUCCCAAACGGCAAGAGAUGCUGCUGUAUCACAGGCCGCACGAACUGCAGCUGUAGCAUCACAGGCAGCUAGAGAUGCUGCAGCUGCCCAAGCAGCUAUCGCUGCUUCCAGGACUGCUACAGCGGCUCAAGGUACAUUGGCGCAAGAUCUUCGUACACUAUCUACAGAUCAAUUCUCCAGUGCAUUUGCAGAUUCACUCUCUGGGAUGCAGCCAUCAGGUAGAAGGGGGCCAAUCUUUGCAAUUGUCCCGCUAACAUCCCGUGCAAAUAUCGACGACAUGAGAAAGUUCGUGCGGGAACUGUCAGCAUCAAUCACUAUGGCUAGUAAUGAACCGACCAUAGCAGACAAUGCGAUGCAAGCGGGUGUACUUCCAGCGACUUUUCAACAAGAAACAGCAACAGCUGUAGCAAUGGAUGGUUCUGUUUCUGGCAAUUCACUGCCGCCAGUUACCCCGGUCCAAGUAAUCAACACAAUUUCUGCUGAGAGCGAUAUUCCAGGCGAGGGACCUGUAACCAUCAUGAGUGACCAACCUUUUGCUGUUCCUAUUCCUAUCCGGGAUCCAACAGCUAGUCAGGCAAUACCGAUUCCUGUAUCAGUUUAA